GGUCAGGGCAGGCGUGGGGGCCGGCUGGGGGUCCCGCUUACUCGUAGCACGUGGUGCGUGCUUUUGGCGUAGACGCCUGUAAGCGAUUUGCAAGGGGGUCGCCUGCGGAGAGGUAGAACCCGUCUCUGUGCAGUCCCAGUCCCAGUCCCCGCACAGGGCUAGCGGCCUCCCGCGGCGCCGAGGCUCUGCGGGCUUCCGUCAUGGACUACCGGCGGCUGCUGAUGAGUAGGGUGGUCCCCGGGCAGUUUGACGACGCGGAUUCCUCCGACAGUGAAAACAUUGACUUAAAGAUUGUCAAAGAGGAAGAUGACAUUGUAUUUGAAGAUCUUCAAAAUAAUGUGAAAGAGAAGGUGAAUGAAGGUGAGAUAGAAGAGGAGGCAGAGGAGGAGGACGACGAUGACGAGGACUGGGACUGGGAUGAUGGAGUUGGGAAACUCACCAGGGGUCGUACCUGGGCUGGAGGCAGUAACCUGCAGGCAAAUCGACAGACUUCUACCUGGAAUUUAGCCAAAAUGUCUACUCCAGCAGACAAGGUCUUAAGGAAAUUUGAGAAUAAAAUUAAUCUAGAUAAGCUAAGUGUUACUGACUCUGUCAUAAAUAAAGUCAACGAAAAGUUUAGACAAAAGGAAGCAGAUAUGUAUCGCAUCAGAGAUAAGGCGGACAGAGCAACUGUAGAACAGGUGUUGGAUCCCAGAACACGAAUGAUACUAUUCAAGAUGUUGACGAGAGGAAUCAUAUCAGAGAUAAAUGGCUGCAUUAGCACAGGAAAAGAAGCUAAUGUAUACCAUGCUAGCACAGCAAAUGGAGAAAGCAGAGCAAUCAAAAUUUAUAAAACUUCUAUUUUGGUGUUCAAAGAUCGGGAUAAGUAUGUAAGUGGGGAAUUCAGAUUUCGUCAUGGCUAUUGUAAAGGAAACCCCAGAAAAAUGGUGAAAACUUGGGCAGAAAAAGAAAUGAGGAACUUAAUCAGGCUAAGCACAGCAGAAAUCCCAUGCCCAGAGCCUAUUUUGCUAAGAAGUCAUGUUCUUGUCAUGGGUUUCAUCGGUAAAGAUGACAUGCCAGCACCACUCUUGAAAAAUGUCCAGUUAUCAGAAUCCAAGGCUCGGGAAUUGUAUCUGCAGGUCAUUCAGUAUAUGAGAAGAAUGUAUCAGGAUGCAAGACUUGUCCACGCAGAUCUCAGUGAAUUUAACAUGCUGUACCAGAGUGGAAGUGUGUACGUCAUUGAUGUUUCUCAAUCUGUGGAGCAUGACCAUCCACAUGCCCUGGAGUUCUUGAGAAAAGACUGUGUCAAUGUCAACGAUUUCUUUCUGAAGCGCAGUGUUGCUGUUAUGACCGUGCGGGAGCUCUUUGACUUUAUCACAGAUCCAUCAGUCACACAUGAUAACAUGGACAUUUAUCUCUCAAAGGCCAUGGAAAUAGCAUCUCUGAGGACCCAGGAAGAAAGGUCCAGCCAAGAUCAUGUCGAUGAAGAGGUGUUCAAGCGAGCAUAUAUUCCUAGAACCUUGAAUGAAGUAAAAAAUUAUGAAAGGGAUAUGGAUGUAAUGAUGAAAUUGAAGGAAGAGGACAUGGCCAUGAAUACCCAACAAGACAAUAUUCUGUAUCAAACCGUCACGGGAUUGAAGAAAGAUUUGUCAGGAGUUCAGAAGGUCCCUGCCCUCCUAGAAAAUCAAGUUAAGGGGAAGACUUGUUCUGAUUCAGAAGAUGCUGGAAGCUCAGAGUGUUCUGACACAGACUGUGAAGAGCAGGGGGACCAUGCCCACUCCAAGAAACCCACCACUGACCUUGAUGUUGAUAAAAAGGAAAGAAAAAAGAUGGUCAAGGAAGCCCAGAGAGAGAAAAGAAAAAACAAAAUUCCUAAACAUGUGAAAAAAAGAAAGGAGAAGACAGCCAAGACGAAAAAGGGGAAAUAGAAUUAGAUGAUAUUACCCAGUAAUUCUCCAUCAGUACUUUUCUUGUCUGCAGCUAAGCUGCAUCUAGAAGAUGAGUUACUGGUUUUACCUGAAGGGUCCCUGUGGCAGUGCUCUGAAGACCGAUUCAGGCAUUUUCAUGUAAUUAUGUAAAAAUCUCUUGUCCAAAUUGAAGCACUAGCUCUGUCUUCAUUAAGAGUAUUUACUUAAGCUACUAUUUUAACAAAGAACUUUGUACAAUUUUAUUUUUACAUACUUUUUUCUCGUGCAGUGUGCUUUUUGAAGUAAAUAUUUAAAUGUAAUGAAUAUCCACAAUCUUAAUAUUAAGUGUAAAGGCACCUCAGACAAACUUGGACAAAUUGUUUCCACUUCAUUUGUAUGUGCCAAAGACCCAUCUGCACAUUUGAUUACAAGGCCAUGGGGGCCUCCCAGCUCAUAAGCUAUUUCACAUCCAACUAUUUGGUCUGUUCAUUCUUUCCUCUUCUAUUUGAGCAUUUUAGGUGCUGGGGAAUAUAGCAGUAAACAGAACGGAAAUUACUACCUUCAGGUAGUUUACACUUUAAUAGGAAGACAAGACAUUUAAAAAAAAAAAAAAACAAUAUGUCAGCAGGUGAUAAAUUCUGUGGAGAGAAAUAAUGUGGAGAAGAGAGCAUGCUUGGGAAGGUGGGAGUUGGCAGUUUUAAAACAGGGCACACUGAGGAGGCUGUGCAGAUACUUGAAAUGAAAAAAAUUCAGGAGAGAAGAGCAUUCCAGGCAAAGCAAACAGCAAGUGCAAAGGCCCUGUGGCAGAAGUGAGCUUGAAAUAUUCCAGAGGACAGAGUGUCAUAAUCAUGACCAAGGGAGAAAGUAGCAGAUGCAAUCAGAUGGCGCCAGGCUGCUGGAAUGUGUUGAGCGGAGGAGUGAUAGGAUCUCAUUUCUGUUUUGAAAGGGUCACACUCUCUCCGGCCUCUAUGGAGCACUGCCUACCUAGGAAGCAAGGGUGGGAGAGCAGCUGGGUAUUGCAGUGGCCCACAAGAGAAAUGACGAUGGCUUGGUCUAGGAUUGUAGCAAUGGAGUUGGAGAGAAGGCGUUGGAUUCCAGAUGGAACUCAAAGGCGGAGCGAGCUGGGUGUGCCAAAGCGGUACACAGGGAGAGAGAGGAGAGGCUGACUUACGGGUUGGUGACCUAAGCGACAGCGGGGCAGUUGGAGUUGCAGCUGUGUUCGGAAGGAAUCGGGUGGAGCAGGGUCGGGGGCAAGAGGGAGGAAUCAAACCUUAUAUUGCAACAAAGCACAUUUCGUUUUUUAUUUUUAUUUUUACCAUAUGCUGUAUAUUAGAAAUGCCUAUUUUAGCCCUCGCAUAGAAGCAGUUUCUAUGAGUAAACUUAGUUUCCCUUAAACUGAAGCUUGUACCUGCUUGUUUCAGAGUUGGUGAGCUAUUGGAAGGGAUGGGAUUGAGCUCUUACAAUGUGUAAGUCACAUUUACUGUGUUCAUGAUAUCCUCACUGACUAAGUAAAAAAAAAAUUCAACAUAUGAAAUAAAUUUCAGGGAGACACAGCAGGAGUCCCUCCAAAAUAUUAUUCAAUUAACACAACCAAAGGCAAAGCAGAAACAGACUAAGCGAUCCUGUGCACCUCUGGGGGUUUUAUCUUGGUAUCUUCCGGUUCUGUGUCUGCUCGGUGAUAGUCUCCGUCCUGGUGUGUUAGAGGUGAUCAGGCUUCUCAGUGCUGCCUUUCGGUGAAUCCAAUAUGAAAGUUUGGAGUCAGCUUCACUUGGGCAGAUGUAGUGCGGGCAGGAUAUAGGGACAGUUCAUUCUCCUUUGCAUGGCUGCCAGGAGGAACGGGCUUGUAAAAUGCCAAGAUUUGGGAUUGUGGGGGAAUCCUCAUUUGAAGGCCAUUUUCCUGAUAACUUGCUGAUGUGGUUGUGUCUCUGUUGGGAUUCUGGGCCUUCAGUUGUGGGACUAGGGACCACUGGUAAUAUUCUUGCCAAACUUGUCUGAAGUUAUAUUUUCCUCGUUUCUUUCUUUCUCAUCAGAAGGCUUGGAAGAAGAAGCCUGUUGUUAAAUUUAUAGGGCUGCUUGCUGACUUUGACUGCAUUUGAAUUUUAAGUGCUUGACAGUUAGGUUUUAGUGUCCAUGGGUUGGUUGCUGGUUGCACAGUUAAUUUCCAUUUGGAGAGAGGAGGUUUGGGUCUCUUGGCCCAAAAGCUGGGACAUAAUUUUGUCAAUUGCAGAUGCAUCUGAUUUUCUGGCAUAUUUUAUUGAUUUUCUGAUCCCUUUAAAUAGUGCAGGUAUUUUUCUAAAAGUUUACUGUGAGAAAUCUGGAUAGUUUUUUUGAAGCACAAAAUCACAGCUACUUCUAAUGUUACUUUAGUUCUUCUUCCUAUGAUAAAGCAGUUUAGGAACAGAACUUGUACUAGCUCAGAAAAGGAAGAGUUGAAAAAAAGUUCCUUUAGAAACAUAAAAUUUCAAGUUAAGGAUGCCUUAAGUGUCAUGUGCUCUGACUGAUGAUGUUUCUAAAAAAUCCUUCAUUUCCAAAAGCUUGACAGGUUUUCUAAUUUUAGUUGUUUAUACACAUAGUAAAUAAAGACCAUAGACAUUCAGAGCUUUGAUUUGUGGGGGUUACUUUAUGAUGAUAAAGGAGUUGCAAGGAUAAGUAGCUAGAGCAAAUUUUACUUCUCAAAGUACAGUUUUCUGUGAAGACCACAUCAAAUAGAUGAGGUUUGCAACCACAGGUCAUCAUAAAGCAAAGCUCUCCAGGUUCUGUCUCUUGAACUGGAUUAGGUUAUUAUAUUCCCUACAUUUUGGUUAGAGUUUCUAAUUUCUAUAUCCUUUGGGUUUGUGUUACCUUGGACAUAAAGGCUUUUAUAAAUAUUCCAAGGGGAAUUGUGAUGUUGAGUAUUAAGCCGUUUAAGCUAGUUUCCAAAAGCAGAGAUGUCUUUUUGCAUCUCUGUUCUCCAGAGCUCUUAGUCCCAGUUGACAGUGUUGUAGAAACCUCUGGACUUAAAUUUAGAGAACCAAGACGGGUUUGUGAGAUUUCGUUGGUUUUUGGCUUUCCUUCAUUUUCUAUCACUCCACGUCCUGCUUUGAUUGCUGGCAGGCCGUGAUGGUGAGGAGGUAGCCUCAUGUAGCCAGAGUAGCCAUAGAGCUACAAAAUCCUUUUUCUUUCAUUUUUUGCCUGAAUGGUAAGGGUGCCCUCUGAUGUGUGAGCGGAGCUAUCUCUGAGAAGUGUCCAUGGCUUUUAUCAGUGCUAGUUAAUAAUUUUGUUUAAAAGCUGAUCAACUUUAUCACCCUUGGGUGAAAUUGUAGCCUUUACAGAUUCUGUAUAUAGCUGUUAGGGCAUUGCAGAUUUGUCCAUGAAAAAGUGGUAGGUCCUUGAGGCCAGAGAACUGUUGGGAGGGGGGAUGCUGGAGUGUGUAAGCUGGUGAGAAGGUCAGAAUGGGGUACCUGAAGUUGUACUUUGUUAGGAGGUGAUCUUUGUUGGUGUUCUCCAAGGUACAGCAGGGGUGUGAGAGGCUGCGGGACAGUAACACACAAAGGCACUGAAGGCUUGACAGUCAAGGAUUAAAGGCCAGUGUUCCGGAAGGGCCAUCUGUUAGGACAGGCCUAGUUUUAGAGUGUCAGGGAGGGACAUGGUUAGGUCUUCGGGGAAUGAGGAGAAGCGGGUGGGGGGAGGAGACAGCAUCCAUGCCUGUGACACGCAGGGGAAGUGAAAGGGUCUGGUGGGAAGCAGUGCCUCAGGACAGCCCGAGCUUAAAUGGAAAAGGGAAUCCAUAGAGGAGUUGAGAACACAAGGCUUUUUGUUUGUGGGUUUGUCAUGUGGGUUCCAAAUGACAGUGCAGGAGUGUUUCAGGAACUAAAAAGGUGGGAAGGGGUCUCCGACCUCAGGUGCGGGCCUCAGCGUGAGGUUGGACGCUUCAGGUCGUCGGUGCUGUAACUGAUGCCGUAACUCCUGUGCAGGUAAUAGUCAUACCUGCCUCUCAGGGUUACUGUGAAGGAGGCAGAGGAGAGCCGAGUGGUGGGUCGCCUGAUACCUGGGCACAUUGUCCUGUCACUGAAAGUACAACAGCCACACUCGGGUCCUCCUGUUGUGAGGUGAAAGGUACCCAGACCACCUGUGAAGUAUCUUGCCUCCCCACCAAAAACGAACCUGCGUCUAGGUAGCCUAUAACUGUAAUCAGCAGUUUCCAGGAAUACAGGGCACACAGCAGGAUAAAUGAUGCUGGAAGGAUACAGUCAACCAAAUUCAUAAGAGAGUAUCUGUAAUGAAAGGGGAAAAGGAGGGGAGUGAUUAUAGAGUAAGAGGUCCAGUAGACACCCCAACGCUGCAGACCUCAUUUGGAUCCCGAUUACAUCAGACCAGUUGUAAAAAGAUGAGCUUUUUCUUUUUUUUUUAGACAGACAAAAUUAAAAAUGGAGUAGGUAUUAGAUGGUAGUAAGGAGUUUUUGAUUUAGUUGGAUAUGAUAGUUGUACUGUUCCAUUUUUUAAAAUUGAUCUCGCAGAGUAUGGACUGGAGUCCGUAUGGGUGAAAUGAGUAGGAUGUUAAAUGCUUUAGAAUGCUGCAUCCUUUUCCCUACCCCUGGAGAGAACUGGUAGACGAAACAAAAAUAGAGCCCUAACAAUUGCUAAAGCUGGGUAGUGGUGUGUAGGGAUUCAGUCUGCUGUUCUUUGUAUAAAAUUUUCUGUAAGAAAAAUGUUUUCUUUUUAAUGAGUUGAAGUAGAUGAAGUACUUAAAAUGGCUUGUCACAUGCGAGUACUGUGUUAUACAAGUGUUUAUCAUACUUGUUAUUAUUUUUAAGUAACUUUAAAUCACAGUUUAAUCACAUGGGCCAAACAGUAGGUCUUGUAAUACCUGCUGGUCCUGGCCUUAGUAGGUGUCAUUUGAAAUGCCCUCUUGAUCUAAAUUCACACUCUAUUAGUGGAUAAGAGAAGUUGUAUAUUGAACAAAUGCUGAUAGAGUUGUUCUGCCACAUGUAAUCCUUGUUUUAAAAUAUAAUGGCACCUUCUUAAUGCCUUAUCCUAACCCCCCUGUUUGGAUUGUGGUCUGCCUCCUUCCCGAUGGGCCCUGUACACCUGUUAGCUUUAUGUUAUUUUUCCUGUAACUCUUCCAACUACCUUACUUGCCUGUUAAAUUCACUUACGUGCAUUGUGUCUUCCACCUCCCAGCCUUGGCCUAUAAUGUAAACUCCGUAAGGGCAGGGAUUGUUACCUUCAGUUUCAUAUCCCAGCACCUACAGUGGUAUCUGAAACAUAGUAAGUUCUCAAUAAAUAUUGAAGUGAAUAACA